AUGAGAAACGCCAUUGUCUCUCUUUCCUUACAUGUCCUGGCCCUUUCGUUCUCUGUCCAGGGGCGACCGGCCACGUUUCUGCAGGACUUUCGGAUUACCUGGUCCGACUACCAUAUCCGGCAAAUCGAUGGAGGGAGGGCCAUUCAACUUGUUCUAGACCAAAGUUCAGGAUGUGGGUUUGCCUCCAAGAACCAGUACUUGUUUGGACGUGUUAGCAUGAAGAUCAAACUCAUUCCUGGGGACUCUGCCGGCACUGUUACCGCCUUUUAUAUGAAUUCGGACACAGAUACAAUACGCGAUGAGUUAGAUUUUGAGUUUUUGGGGAAUCGUACAGGACAACCUUACACUGUUCAAACCAAUAUCUAUGCCCACGGGAAGGGCGACAGAGAACAAAGGGUCAACCUUUGGUUUGAUCCUGCAGCAGAGUUCCACACUUACACAAUUCUUUGGAACCAUCGUCAUGUUGUUUUCUCUGUGGAUGAUGUGCCAAUCAGGGUUUACAAGAACAAUGAAGCAAAAGGAAUUCCAUACCCUAAGUUCCAACCAAUGGGAGUCUACUCCACAUUGUGGGAAGCCGAUGAUUGGGCUACAAGAGGUGGACUCGAGAAGAUAGAUUGGAGCAAAGCUCCCUUUUAUGCAUACUACAAGGACUUUGACAUUGAAGGAUGUCCCAGGCCUGGACCAGAAACAUGUGCCUCAAACCCUAAUAACUGGUGGGAAGGAGUUGCAUACCAACAACUUAACCCCGUUGAAGCUAGAAGAUACCGGUGGGUUCGCAUGAACCACAUGAUCUACGAUUAUUGUACCGAUAAAUCACGAUACCCUGUCACUCCACCGGAGUGCUUGGCAGGAAUCUAA